AUGGAAGGUUUACAGGUGGCGUGGGACAUGGGACAUCGCAGGGUUCGUGUCCAGCUUGAUUCGCAGUGCGCCGUCCAGCUCAUUCGUCGGACGGAUACCGAGGAGCAUCAUUGUGCAGCCAUCCUAGCUCGGUUCAGGGAGCUUCUGUCUAGACCCUGGGAGGUGUUAGUAGAGCAUGUGUAUAGAGAAGGUAAUAGAUGUGCUGAUUUUCUGGCUAGUCGUGGACAUGUGGUCUCGUUUGGUUUUCAUGAGGUUGUAAGUUCUGAUCCGAUGCUCUCGUAUUGGAUCAUGUAUGACUGUCAGGGGAUCUCUGAACCCCGGUUGAUUUUGAAUGAAAGGUAG